CGGCCCGCUAAUGGCCAGCUUUUAAGGUCCGUCCAGCGUUUCACCCGACCUCCAGAAUUAAGACCAGCCUACUUCCCAAACUUUUGGACGGUGACCAGAAGGAAGGGUACCGUUUCUCCAUCCGCAUUCACCACCUGCAUCCAGAUUUCCUCCUCGGACUCCCUAAAUGCUAGGUAGAGCAGCCAGGUGUACGAUACUGGCGGCCUCGAAUACCUGCAAGCCUGACGGCGUCCUCGAGUCGAGAGAGUCGGCAACGUAACGAUGGCGACCAGCUACGAUGUCGGAACAAGGGCGUGGCAGCCCGACCCUACGGAAGGAUGGGUUGCUUCCGAGGUCAAGGAGAAGUUGGUGGAGGGGGAUAAGGUGAAGCUCGUCUUUGAGUUGGCAAACGGAGAGUCAAAAACGAUCGAGACGACGCAAGAAGAGUUACAGGUCGACAAUAACCCCAAGCUACCACCGCUGAUGAAUCCGACGAUACUCGAAGCAAGCGAGGAUCUUACAAAUCUGUCACACUUGAACGAACCUGCUGUUCUGCAGGCUAUAAAACUCCGUUACGUUCAAAAAGAGAUAUAUACAUACAGUGGUAUAGUUUUGAUUGCCACGAAUCCUUUUGCGCGGGUCGACUCCCUGUACGUUCCGCAGAUGGUUCAGGUGUAUGCUGGAAAACAUCGUGCCUCGCAGGCACCGCAUCUGUUUGCUAUUGCCGAAGAAGCCUUUGCGGACAUGCUGCGAGAUGCCAAGAACCAAACCAUCGUAGUAUCUGGUGAAUCCGGUGCUGGAAAGACCGUUAGUGCCAAAUAUAUUAUGCGAUACUUCGCAACGCGCGAAUCCGCGGAUCAGCCGGGCAAGUAUACGCAAGGCAGGGCCGACGCCAUUAGUGAGACGGAGGAACAAAUUCUAGCGACGAAUCCGGUAAUGGAAGCUUUUGGAAACGCGAAGACGACACGAAAUGACAACUCGUCACGAUUCGGAAAAUACAUUGAGAUUAUGUUUGACUCCAAGACGAACAUUAUCGGUGCGAAGAUCAGGACUUACCUCCUGGAACGGUCGAGACUGGUAUUCCAGCCUCUCAAAGAGCGCAAUUACCAUAUUUUCUAUCAGCUUGUUGCUGGUGCAACCGACUCUGAACGACAGGAACUCGGUCUCGCCUCCGUAGAAGAGUUCGAUUACUUGAAUCAAGGCGGCACCCCAACUAUCGAUGGCGUUGAUGAUAAAGCCGAGUUUGAUGCCACUCGGAAGUCUCUCGGCACUAUAGGUGUAGCAGAGCCAACUCAAGCUGACAUAUUCCGGGUUCUUGCUGCAUUGCUGCACUUGGGAAAUGUCAAGAUCACGGCUACCCGAACGGAUUCACAAUUAUCAGCAACAGAACCAUCGCUCGUGCGAGCCUGUGAGAUGCUCGGAAUCAAUGCCAACGAGUUUGCAAAGUGGAUAGUCAAGAAGCAACUGAUCACAAGGGGAGAGAAAAUCACCUCGAACCUUACUCAACAGCAGGCGAUUGUCGUACGAGACUCCGUUGCCAAGUUCAUCUACUCCAGCUUGUUUGACUGGCUUGUUGAUACAAUCAAUAGGGGCCUUGCUAGGGAAGAAGUUCUGAGCAGGGUACAGUCGUUUAUUGGUGUUCUCGAUAUUUACGGAUUCGAACAUUUCGCGAAGAACUCAUUCGAACAGUUUUGCAUCAACUAUGCCAAUGAGAAACUACAGCAGGAGUUCAACCAGCAUGUGUUUAAGCUCGAGCAAGAGGAAUAUGUCCGAGAAGAGAUCGAUUGGACCUUUAUUGAUUUCUCUGAUAACCAGCCUUGUAUCGAUCUGAUCGAAGGGAAACUUGGUAUCUUAGCUCUAUUGGAUGAGGAAUCCCGACUGCCUAUGGGCUCUGAUGACCAGUUUGUCACCAAGCUCCAUCAUAACUUUGCUGCGGAUAAGCAAAAGUUCUACAAAAAACCCCGAUUCGGAAAGUCCGCAUUUACCGUUUGCCACUAUGCGGUGGAUGUGACUUACGAAUCUGAUGGGUUUAUUGAAAAGAACAGAGACACCGUGCCUGAUGAGCACAUGGAGAUCUUGCGGAAUUCAUCUAACAACUUUGUGAAAGAAAUUCUGGAUGCUGCCACUGCUGUUCGUGAGAAGGACUCCGCCUCUAUUUCGUCCAAGCCUGUCGCAGCUCCAGGGCGCCGGAUCGGUGUGGCCGUGAACCGCAAGCCCACCUUGGGAGGUAUAUUCAAGUCCUCUCUCAUCGAGCUCAUGAACACCAUCAACUCGACAGAUGUCCACUACAUCCGUUGUAUCAAGCCUAAUGAAGCCAAGGAGGCCUGGAAGUUUGAAGGACCCAUGGUUCUCAGUCAGUUGCGAGCCUGCGGUGUCUUGGAGACAGUCAGGAUCAGUACCGCUGGAUAUCCAACUCGGUGGACGUACGAGGAGUUUGCUCUCCGCUACUACAUGCUUUGUCACUCGUCGCAGUGGACGUCUGAAAUCAAGAAAAUGUGCCAUGCCAUCCUGCAAAAGGCCCUUGGGGAUCCCAGCCAGCAGAAACAGGAUAAAUACCAACUUGGUCUGACGAAGAUCUUCUUUCGUGCAGGUAUGUUGGCUUUUCUGGAAAAUCUGCGAACUUCUCGCCUGAACGGUGCUGCAAUCAUGAUCCAGAAAAAUCUGAAGGCCAAAUACUACCGACGGAGAUAUCUCGAAGCGCGGAACUCUGUCCUUUAUACCCAGGCUUUGAUCAGAGGUUUCCUGUCCAGGCAACAUGCUCAGGAAGCAAGGAAAAUCAAGGCCGCAACUACCAUCCAACGGGUCUGGAGAGGUCACAAGCAGAGGACGAAGUACAAUGAGAUCCGCAAGAAUGUGAUCCUGUUUGAAUCGCUGGCAAAGGGCUACCUCUGUCGCCGGAAUAUCAUGGACAGCAUACUUGGAAAUGCUGCCGUAACGAUUCAGCGCGCCUUCCGCAGGUGGCGUUCGAUGCGCAACUGGCGGCAAUACCGCCACAAGGUUGUCAUUGUCCAAAAUCUGUGGAGAGGUAAACAGGCCAGGAAGCAGUACAAGAAGUUCCGUGAAGAAGCAAGAGACCUCAAGCAGAUCUCAUAUAAGCUUGAGAACAAGGUUGUGGAGUUGACACAGAACCUUGGAACAUUGAAACGCGAAAACAAGACCCUGGUUUCCCAGCUCGAGAAUUACGAGAGUCAGCUGAAGUCAUGGCGAAGCCGACACAAUGCUCUCGAAAAUCGUUCUAAGGAACUCCAGGCUGAAGCCAAUCAAGCUGGUAUUAACGCGGCACGUCUCACAGCCAUGGAAGACGACAUGAACAAGCUUCAGCAAAACCACACGGAUGCUCUUGGAACUAUCAAGCGACUUCAGGAAGAAGAGAGAAUUUCAAGGGAAUCGAUUCGCGAGGCCAAUGCUGAACUAGAGAGGCUAAAACAGCUGAACACUGAGAACGAAAAUGAAAAGGCCUCUCUCCGUCAGCAAAUUUCAGAGCUCCAAGAACAGCUAGAGAUUGCUAAGAAGUCUGUUGUGACAAACGGGGUGAACGGAGACGCACACAACGGAAAUGGUAUGCAACCUCCGGCAAGCGGACUAAUCAAUUUGGUGUCUUCCAAGAAACCGAAGCCCAAGCGACGCAGUGCUGGGGAGAAGAUCGAUAUUGAGCGGUUUAGCGGGGCUUACAACCCUAGGCCGGUGUCCAUGGCUGUUCCAGGCGCCAUUAGCGCCCGCCAGCCUCUCUCUCCUGGCCUAGAUUCCGUUGAGGUUGAGCUAGAGAAUCUCUUGUCAGAGGAAGAUGAGCUCAAUGAAGAGGUUGCAAUGGGUCUGAUCAAGAACCUAAAGAUUCCGGCCCCUGGAACCAAUCCUCCGCCGACCGAGAAGGAAGUCUUGUUCCCGGCGUACCUUAUCAACCUCGUCACAUCCGAGAUGUGGAACAACGGCUUUGUCAAGGAAUCCGAGCGAUUCCUUGCGAACGUGAUGCAGUCUAUCCAGCAAGAGGUUAUGCAGCACGAAGGGGACGAUGCCAUCAACCCAGGCGCUUUCUGGCUUUCAAACGUUCACGAGAUGCUCUCCUUUGUAUUCUUGGCUGAAGACUGGUACGAAGCUCAGAAGACUGACAACUAUGAGUAUGACCGUCUGCUGGAGAUUGUCAAACAUGACUUGGAAAGUCUUGAAUUUAACAUUUAUCAUACCUGGAUGAAAGUUUUGAAGAAGAAGCUGUAUAAGAUGAUUGUCCCUGCCAUCAUCGAGUCACAGUCUCUUCCGGGCUUCGUUACGAGUGAAACAAACCGUUUCCUCGGCAAGCUUCUGCCUUCCAACAACACGCCUGCAUACAGCAUGGAUAACCUCCUCAGUCUGCUGAACGGUGUUUUCAAGGCUAUGAAGGCGUACUAUCUGGAAGACACUAUCAUCACCCAGACAGUGACGGAGCUUCUUCGUCUGGUUGGUGUAACAGCUUUCAAUGACCUCCUGAUGCGGAGAAACUUCCUGUCAUGGAAGCGUGGUCUCCAGAUCAACUACAACAUCACUCGAAUCGAGGAGUGGUGCAAGAGCCACGACAUGCCUGAAGGAACUUUACAGCUAGAGCACUUGAUGCAAGCGACGAAACUCCUCCAGCUCAAGAAGGCAACAUUGAACGACAUCGAAAUUAUCCAGGACAUCUGUUGGAUGCUUUCUCCCAACCAGAUUCAGAAGCUCCUUAACCAGUACCUUGUAGCAGACUACGAACAGCCCAUCAAUGGCGAGAUCAUGAAGGCAGUAGCGUCACGUGUGACUGAAAAGAGUGACGUACUCCUUCUGACAGCCGUUGAUAUGGAGGACAGUGGUCCCUACGAGAUUGCUGAACCACGUGUCAUUACUGCGCUGGAGACAUACACACCAUCUUGUAAGUCAGCCUACGGGAAUUUCAAUAGCCUUUCUGUCUACUAACGGGUCGCAGGGCUCCAAACACCUCGGCUGAAGCGCCUUGCGGAAAUCGUGUCCGCCCAGGCAAUGGCCCAGCAAGAGAAGCUCGACAUGGCAGAGAACGGUGGAUACACUUCCGAUUAAAAUACUUUGGUGAAGCUUGGACUUCGUUACAUAUCCGUCAGGUACGAAUGAAUUUAGAUGAUCAAUGCUGGUGAUUUUUUGUAGCCUUAGCAUCUGAAGAAGUUAUUCAUUUCACACAAUAUUGGGUAUGACUAAUGUAAUGAUAUAUACGAUCACAUACUUCAGAGAAGGGAUCUCCUGCUCUAUCUUUUUGAUGAUGCUGAAUGAUACGUAAUGUAGUCGAAGUAGAUAUUCAUUAUUUUAAGCAUUAGUAUCCUUACGUACUGUAUAUAUACCCCAAUUAUUCGCGUGCUGGCCGCCAUGAGAAACAGAUAAUUGCGCAUAAGAUCCGAGGGUAAUUCUGAAGAAGUACGAUAG